UCCCUCCAAUCCUUUCAUUUAGCGCAGAGGCAGAGAGAGAGAGAGAGAAUGUCUGAGACGCCGUCGUCGUCGAGGUUCAGGAGGAUCUGCGUGUUCUGCGGAAGCCAGUCAGGCAAGAAGUCUAGCUACCAGGAAGCCGCAAUCCAACUGGCACAAGAACUGGUGGAGAGAAGGAUUGAUUUGGUGUAUGGAGGUGGGAGCGUGGGAUUGAUGGGCCUUGUUUCUCAGACUGUUCAUGAUGGUGGACGCCAUGUUCUAGGGAUCAUUCCGAGGAUUCUUUUGACCCCAUCGUUAUGUGGUAAUGAAGUUGGGGAAACAAGGACCGUAUCAGACAUGCACCAAAGGAAAGCCGAGAUGGCCCGUCAGGCUGACGCAUUCAUCGCCCUUCCAGGUGGCUACGGCACCCUCGAGGAGUUGCUUGAAGUCAUUACCUGGGCUCAGCUCGGCAUUCACUGCAAGCCUGUGGGUCUUUUGAAUGUGGAUGGAUACUACAAUUCUUUGUUGUCUUUCGUGGACAAGGCUGUCGAUGAAGGCUUCAUCUCGACCAGUGCGCGGAACAUCAUCGUGUCUGCUCCCACCGCAAAAGAACUAGUCAGGCUGCUUGAGGAAUAUGUCCCGCAAUGCAAGGACGUGACGACCACGCUCGUGUGGGAGGAGGUGGACAGACUGAGUUACGGGUCUGGAUCGAGCGUGACCAUGUGACGAAAAAAUAAUCAGUGUCAAAAUAUCAAACGAUGCUGCGCCAUCGUUUAGUUUACUCUAAAUAUAUUAUUAAAAAAAAGGGCUGUGGGGGUACAAUCUUCAGCACAGGACAGUUUACAUUUUGCUCUUUUUGGGAAUUUGAAGCAGUGAGACUCUUGUCUCGAACGA